AUGUCCCUGGGAGAGGUAGAAGACACGGGACCGCAACCGAAUGACGACCCCCGAGACGACGAGCCGGCGAUCAAGCGGGCCAAGGUGGCUGAUGAGCGAGGCGACGACGAAGGGCCGGCGCGCAACGGGCGCCAAGACGAAACCGGCCGAGACGACAUCCACAGUCGUCGCCAUAGCCAUGGCCGAAACGGCAGAUCAGGCCCUGGGUCGGUGGGCAGCCAGGGCCUCAACUACUCCGAUCACGAAGGGGGAGAGCAACGGGGAAGCUGGGAUCGCAGAGAGUCUACGAACCGCGAGGAACGCAGGGAACGCAACGAACAAGGCCGGUCACACAGCAGGCGUCCUUCUCCUGUAGCCGAGCCGAGCGCACGGGAUGCACCGAACCGGCGCAAGGUCAGUGUCUCGCAGGAAGAGCGCAAGCGCGGACAACGGCUCUUUGGCGGCCUUCUCAGCGCACUCAGUCAGCCUGCAAAGCGCUCAGCGCCACAGGCGCAUCGGAGGCAGGAACCAGAGCAGCAGCAGCAGCAGCCAGAGAAGCGAGAAAGCAGAGAAGAGAAGCAGCAACAGGCUGAGCGCGUUGCCAAGCUGGCGACGGCACGCAAGAUCGAACAGAUCAAGUUUGACGAAAGAGUGAUGCUCGCUCGCCAUUCGAAUCUGCUUGCCCUCGCGCGCAACCUGCAGACCAGGAGCGAGCCGAAACUAUACUACCGUCCGUGGGAGCUUAGCAAACAUCAGGAGCAGAUCAUUGAGGAUCAGAUACUAGCCGCAGAAGAAAAUAUUGAGCGUGAAACAAGCGAGUUUGCACGCCAGAAGCGAGAGAGACUUGCAGUGCUGGGCGUCGUGGCAUCGAGCCCACCACAUGAGCCUGAGGUCACGACCAGCGCUGCUAAGACGGAAGUGGAGGACAAGGCUACGGCAGAUGGACCUACCACGGCUGCCAGCAAGGAGCCCGAGGACCAAGAACCAGCUCCGCCUCUGCCAUCAGUAAUGUCUCCACUACAUCCUGUAUCGGACGAGAAGGACGAUCAGGCAGAGGAGGCGGAGGAGCCCGAACAUCAUGACGAUCAGACACACCGGCACGACCAUGACGACAGAGACAGGGAUAUCAUGGUGGAGACAGAGGAGGACACGGCGCUGAUUUUCGCGCUGUGCGAAUUGCUUAGCAGCCUGAAGCGGGCUGCUCCGGCCGGGCGAUCUGCUGAACGCGGGGGCGUGUGGCCUCUGCCUGUGGCGGCCGUGGUUUCAGGCCUCUACUCCGCGGCGACUGGGAGCCCUGUCUCUGAUUUUAGUGGGGGUCAUUCUGAGAGGCUACCAGUCAGCCUACUGACCGAUAGAUCCGCCAUCGACCUUCUCUACACCAGCAACACCAUCAACGUCACGAGCAGUCCCGACCCCCAUAUUCAUUCCGAUAAAAUCGCGGGUCUUUCCCCCAGAAAUGCAGCGGCAGGCAAGCCAGAGGACGAACUCGAUCUGCCCGUGUCGUCCAUAAGAAGGGACAGCUUCUGUCAAGCUCGCACCCCUAAUACCUACAAUACGCCCAUCAGGCGUACCAGCAAGACACAUAUUCCCAUCAUGGCCAUCAUAGACCGGCUGCGGGGCAUCCUGCCGGCCAAGGCAGCGGAGGAGCGCGAGUAUGCGCCGCUGAAUGGGGGCCCGCUGGCGCUCGUGGGCGAGGACGAAAACGGUUACGCGACUUCGUCGCUGCUGGAAGGCUCGGGCGAAGACAUCGAGACAGAGAACGAGGCUGUCUUUUCGUGGAUGGAGUACAGCAUCUUCGCCAUCAUCGGCGUGGCCAUGCUCUGGGCGUGGAACAUGUUCUUAGCGGCGGCGCCAUACUUCCAGAUGCGCUUCGCUACCGACCCGUGGGCCCUAGCCAACUUCCAGUCGACCAUCACAUCCGUCUCGACUGGGACCAAUCUAGCAGCUAUGCUGGUGCUGACCAACAUUCAGUACUCGGCCUCAUACCCGUUUCGUAUCAACUCGGCGCUGGUCAUCAACGUUGCCGUGUUCGGCCUGCUGACGGCCUCGACUUCGCUCUUCCUGCACGUCUCGCCGACCGUCUACCUCGCCUUCUUGCUGCUCAUGGUCUCGGCUGCGGCCUGGGCCUGCGGCCUCAUCCAGAACGGCGCCUUUGCCUUUGCCGCGUCGUUUGGUCGCCCCGAGUACACUCAGGCGAUCAUGGCCGGACAGGCCGUUGCCGGCGUGCUGCCGCCCAUUGCCCAGAUGGUUUCUGUGCUCGCCUUUGCGCCGUCUGGAGGGCCACCCGGCGGCCCACCACCGAAGUUGGUAUCAGCCACCAGCAACGACGUUAUCAGCAACCAGGACGCCAUCGCGGCCGCCGGCACGUCGGCAUUCUUCUACUUCUUGACGGCAGUCACCAUCUCUGUCGUGGCCCUUGCCGCCUUCCAGCCGCUGGUCAGACGCCACCACCGGCUCGUGGAGGCCCGCAUGGUCGAGGCGCUCUCGGAGAGCAUGGCAUCGAUCGAAGAGGCUGAGCGGACUGCACGCAAGGUCAUCGGCAUGAAGGCGCUAUUUCGCAAGCUGCAUUGGGUCGCGCUGACCGUGUUUAUGUGCUUCCUCAUCACCAUGUUCUUUCCCGUCUUCACGCCCAAGGUGCUGUCUGUCACGACGCCGCGGUCACCGGCAUCGAGUACCAGCCCCGACGCAGCGCAGCCCCCGCCGAUGUCGCAGCAGCCGAGACUGUUGCAGCCGUCGGCCUUCAUCCCACUCGCCUUCUUCUUCUGGAACCUGGGCGACCUGCUGGGCCGCAUGUCAACUAUGCUCCCGAUGGCGACGAGGCUGCGCCAGCGGCCCGUGGUGCUCUUCGUGCCGAGUGUGGCGCGGCUGGCCUUCUUGCCGCUGUACUUGUUGUGCAAUCUGGGAGGACGCGGUGCCUCGGUUAACAGCGAUCUGUUCUACCUCUUUUGUGUGCAGCUGCCAUUUGGCCUGAGCAGUGGCUUCCUCAGCUCCAGCGCCAUGAUGGCGGCCGGCGAGUGGGUCAGCGACGGCGAGCAGGAGGCGGCCGGUGGUUUCAUGGGUCUCUGUCUGGUGGCCGGCCUGACAGUCGGCAGCCUGCUCAGCUUUACGGUUGCGCGGAUAUGA